CGGCUGGCACGAGACCAGGAAACAGGUCUACUGAGAGCGUGGACGGCGGAGUUAGGCUUCAGCUGAACGAAGGCAGGUGACAGACUGCAUAGGAUCAAGAACGGAGUACCGUGUCACUCCAGUUCCUUUUCCUAGUCGAUGCCUCCGAUUCAUAGCCGACCAACUUUACGAUCAACUAGGAUCUACGGAGUAUCAGAUACCUUGAUUUAUAUCACCUUAUUUCAGCCCUUUUACGCCCAGUGACGUCGAGCCCGAGAUUACCGAGAGAGUGGCACGCAUCGCCCGUCGAUCAACUUCAUACCUUCGUGCCUCUUACGCAGGAACCGUAAACCAGGAUACUGCUUUCGAAACAAACUCAAUCUACGAUAAAUGAUUCUGAACUUUCUCUAACCUCACUGCUACCUACUUUCUUUGAUUCGAUCAUCAACAUACUCUAAGGCAGCGCCUUCCGGAGAAGAACUCACAACAGAAAGAACGAUCGAAGUCCUAACCAAAACAAGAGCCGAACACUCGUAUUACUUGUCAUCAGCAAAACAUCAGACACCAUGAACCGAGCACUCUCCAUCCGCUCCAACAACCGGAGCAGCGGCGGCGGCUCCUCCACCAACUUCUCCUCUCACCACCACGGUUCCCGCCGGGGCUUCAGCCUCUCCUCUCUCCGGGGAACCAUCCAACCGGAACUCUCCAAGAAGCUCUACCGUCUAAUCAAGUCCGAGAACAACCUGAUCUCAGCACACGAGACGGCUGCCAAGGAGCGCCUCUCGAUCGCCCAACAACUCUCAGAGUGGGGCGAGCAGACUUCCGACGAAGGGAUCAGCGACAUCAGCGACAAAGUAGGCGUGAUCCUGUCGGAACUGGGCGAGCAGGAGGACAACUACGCGCACGCACUGGACGAGAGCCGCGGCACGCUGAAAACGAUCCGUAACACGGAGAAGAGCGUGCAGCCGAGCCGGGACGGCAAGAACAAGAUCGCGGACGAGAUUGCGAAGCUGAAGUCCAAGGAGCCUGAGAGCACAAGGCUAGUGGUGCUGGAGCAGGAGCUGGUCAGAGCCGAGGCGGAGAACUUGGUUGCGGAAGCGCAAUUGACGAAUAUUACCCGUCAAAAACUCAAAGAAGCCUACUCAGCCGAAUUCCUCGCCACCAUCGAGCGCGCCGAGAAGCAAAUCAUUCUGGCCCGGCACGGCCUGCGUCUGCUCAACCUGCUCGACGACACCCCCAUCGUUCCCGGCGACUCGCAGAUCCCGUAUACGCAAGGUCACCAAGCCAGACAAAUCCUCAAUAAUGCCGAAGACGAUCUGCGCGACUGGCGACCUACGACGACGGCGGCGGCUUUGGAUGAGGAUGCCAAGUAUGUUACUAGCAACUCGCCCACUUCUCCGACGACGGUCCAGCAGCACGCCCAGCAGCCCCAGCCUUCGCAGCCGAGAAACGCUGCUUCUGUCACUGAUCAACAAUUGAAUGAGAAGGAAGUGGAUGGUGCGAGUUUGACGGGGACUGAGACGAAUACGACUGGUAAUGAGAGUGCAGUAGGGGCAAACCAAGAGGUGCAGACAACUGCUGUUUAAUUUGGCGUGUUUGCAUGCUUUGACUUAUCCAUUUCAGCUUUGCUAUGGUACCGAUGUCGUCUUUUGUUUAUUUAGUGUUCGAGGAACUGAUACCUAUUUUGACUUUGUAAGAAGCAGCAUGUUUUAAGUCUUGACCAAUAUCGAGAAGAUUCCAAGCAGUA